CUCGCUCUUGACAGCGCUCAACUAAUCCAAAUGUCUGUGUAGAGACAAACAGAGCAGACAGCAGAGGACCCGGGUCUGCAGGAGCAGCCAGGAGGAGGAACACCGAGCCUUCAGCGCAUCCAGGAGUCACUGACAGGUCUUUCCUCACUUUGCUUUUGUUUCCUUCCCUGAAAGGCGACAGCGGCACUUUUGGAAACACGGGGGAAGAUCUGAGGAGAAUAUUAAAGCGACUGAGGCUUUCAGUUUCCAGAGUCGGUCUCCUCUGCUCACCUUAACAUGGCUUCAACAACCUGUACCAGGUUCACCGAUGAGUACCAGCUGUACGAGGAGCUGGGAAAGGGUGCUUUCUCCGUGGUGAGGAGGUGCAUGAAGAUAUCCACAGGGCAGGAAUAUGCCGCCAAAAUAAUCAAUACCAAGAAGCUGUCUGCCAGGGAUCACCAGAAGCUGGAGCGAGAGGCCAGGAUCUGCCGCCUGCUCAAGCAUCCCAACAUUGUGCGGCUCCAUGACAGCAUAUCAGAGGAAGGAUUCCACUAUCUGGUCUUUGAUUUAGUAACCGGUGGUGAGUUGUUUGAGGACAUUGUUGCCAGGGAGUACUACAGCGAAGCCGAUGCCAGUCACUGCAUACAGCAGAUUCUAGAAAGUGUAAAUCAUUGCCACAUAAAUGGCAUAGUACACAGGGACCUAAAGCCAGAGAAUUUGCUCCUAGCCAGCAAGUUGAAGGGAGCAGCGGUCAAACUGGCAGAUUUUGGCCUGGCCAUUGAAGUGCAGGGAGACCAGCAAGCAUGGUUUGGUUUUGCCGGGACACCAGGGUACCUGUCUCCAGAGGUGCUGAGGAAAGAUCCCUAUGGGAAGCCGGUGGACAUGUGGGCCUGUGGUGUGAUCCUCUACAUCCUACUGGUGGGAUAUCCUCCAUUCUGGGAUGAAGACCAGCACAGACUCUACCAGCAGAUUAAAGCUGGGGCUUAUGAUUUCCCUUCUCCAGAGUGGGACACAGUGACUCCAGAGGCCAAAGACCUGAUCAACAAGAUGUUGACCAUUAAUCCAGCCAAGAGAGUGACUGCAACAGAUGCACUCAAACACCCCUGGAUCUGUCAACGCUCCACUGUGGCGUCCAUGAUGCACAGACAGGAGACUGUGGAGUGCCUGAAGAAAUUCAACGCUAGAAGGAAACUCAAGGGUGCUAUCCUGACCACAAUGCUCGCCACUCGCAACUUCUCAGCCAAGAGCCUGCUGAACAAAAAACCGGAUGGUGUCAAAAUCAACAACAAGGCCAAUGUGGUCACCAGCCCCAAAGAGCCUGUCCCCACUCCUUCUCUGGAGCCUCAAACCACUGUUAUCCACAACCCUGCUGAUGGAAACAAGGAGUCCAGCGAGAGUGCCAACACUACCAUUGAGGACGAGGACGUGAGAGCUCGUAAGCAGGAGAUCAUCAAAGUCACCGAGCAGCUGAUCGAGGCCAUCAACAACGGAGACUUUGAGGCCUACACGAAGAUAUGUGAUCCCGGCCUCACGUCCUUUGAGCCUGAGGCUUUGGGCAACUUGGUUGAGGGCACCGACUUCCACCGCUUCUACUUUGAGAACGCUCUGUCUAAGGGGAAGCAGCCCAUCCACACCAUCCUGCUCAACCCCCACGUGCACCUGAUCGGAGACGAGGCCGCCUGCAUCGCCUACAUCCGCCUCACCCAGUACAUCGACGGCAACGGCCUGCCUCGCACCAUGCAGUCAGAGGAGACCCGCAUAUGGCACCGCCGCGACAGCAAGUGGCAGAACAUCCACUUCCACCGCUCCGGCUCGCCCACCGUCCCCACCAAUUGAGAGGACGACCUCCGACUCCAAACACCCUCCAGCCUACAGCUGUCAGCUGACCAGACCCCGCCCACCAAGUGUCCAUAAAAUCCCCCUCAGCCAAUCCCUGCCCAUGAUGAUAGCUAGAGCUCCGCCCUCUCAGUGUGUUGUUUACAUAUUGUCGCUGCUGGACUGAAUUACUGUAAAUGUAAAAGAAAAACAAAACGAGGGAGGAAAAAGUUCAAGUCUUGACAAUAUCAUUUUGUAGUGAGAGUGUGUGGUGACAUCAACAUCUGCAGCAUGUUUUAUUACUCUGAGGUUUUUUUGUUUUGUUUUUUUUUUUUUAGAUCCAGUAUGUUUUAAAUAGAAGCUGUUUUCAGAUGGAGGAGCCAGUUGUUCCAGUUAAUUAAUUUUUAAUGGGCUGGUGAAAUAUGUGAAACCUUCCAGUCAUCAUGUAGUGAGAGUUUUUCAUUUGAAUAUUGCACAUAUUGAGGACUCAUGAGCUAUUGUGAUGUUUCUGCCUUUCGGCACAAUGACCAAUAUAUCACAUAUCUGCUUUUUACUCAUGUAUCUUUUCAGACUUGGCAUCUAUAAAAGCUCAGACACAAGCUUGCUUUAGUUUCGGUGACGUAGAGGUUUUGGUAAUUGAUGUAAAUUGCUCUCUUUGCUUAAUCUUCAUCAGUAAUCCAUAUGAGCUGAGUUGGCUAAUUUUACAAAAAUCAGUUUUCUUGUUUGCCGUUGGCACUAAGUAUGUUUACUAGGAAUUUUAACUACAUGUUUAAAAGGGAAAAUCAAUUUAAACAUAAUGUUGUGUGUGUGUGUGUGUGUGUGGACUUUCAUCAUCAUCAUCAUCAUCAUCACAGAACAACAUGUGAGAAGAUAGAAUGUAAACUACAGAGACAUUCAGGCCAUUCUGCAGUCAGAUCAUAUUUUCAUACAGUAAGUCAGGAGCUGAUUCUGUGAAUUUUAUCAGUUGUUCUAUUUUGUUUUGUUUACUUUUUAUAUUGUGAUUAUUGAUGCAGUAGCUCGUCCCUUUAUCACAUCAUUAUUACUCUCCUGUCGGCCCUUUUAACCCUUCAUUGAGUCUUUAUUGGUGAUUCCCUCCUUUUAUUCUAUGUUAGACUGGUGUGCACCGAUCAUUUACCACACCAUGUUUCACACUGGACUAGACUAAAGUAGAAUCAUGACACUGACAUGAAUGCCAACUUCAGCUGAAACAUUUGGUCCAGGAAGUAAAAGUUCCAUUCACGAUUCCCACAAUUGUCACUGUUAUAUCACCGCUCUUGUGAUUUUAAUUUAGAACCACUGUUAAAUCAGGGGGACAGGAGAUAGUCGGCACUCGCAGCAGUGUAAACAAUGAAUAUUUUAAAACACUUCACAGUUUUCUAAAAUUUCUAUAGAAAAACUAAAUUCCAGAAGAGAAUCACAGGGAGAUCACGUUCACAGAUAAAGUCACAGGGGCUCACGUUUUUUUUUUUUUUCAAGAAUGGUGAGAUCUUUUUUUUUCUUGCGUUGGUGUGUUUAGUCAUGCUGUCACUGAAUUGUUCAGAAAACAGUUAAAUCACAUUUGUUCCACAAUCAUCACACUUUGUUUUUAUCUUUCUAAGAAGCUUUGAAAUCCCUGAAGGGACUCUGGUAUAUAAUGUUACUAUUAUGGGACAAGUCUGAUGUAUGUUUAAGAAAUAUCAAAUAAAGUGUGUGAUUUAUGCCAAA